AUGUCAGACUAUGUGGAGCAAACUUUCGCCGAGGUCGUUGGAGCGCCCAAAGGCCUGAAGGCGCUCCACUACGUCGACUAUGCCCACCGACUACAGAACAUGGCCCGUCGGAUGUUCCAGCAGCAUCUCAGUGCCGAUCGACUCCAGGUGUACGUUGAUCGGGCGCCGGCAGAUCCCGCAGGCGGCCCCAAUCCCGAUAAGUCGUAUACCGACAUCUUCAUCUACGACCUGUUUAUCAGGUUUUCUAUUACUGCCGUUCUAGAUGGGAUUGCGAGCUUCGAUGGCAAAAAUGACCCUCAAAAUCUAGGUCGAAAUGUUGAUAAGAGCAAUUUGCAUCUUCGUUACCUGGAAUGCACCACCAAUCUUCUGGGCUCCUGCAUUUUGGAGCACAUCAACCGGGACCUCAAAUUCCGAGGGGCAUCAACUAAUUAUAAAUUAUUAAAAUAUUCAUUAUUAUUUUUUUUUCUAAUCCACAAGGGUUGGUCUGAUGGACCUUUAUCAGACCUAGGGUGGGGCCCGAUUAGAAGAAGAAAUUAA